AUCAGUAAGCUCCAACAUUUUAUCCGUGUCACUCAUACAGAAUAAAUUGCUCGAGUUUCAUUCACUUAUCAGACAACAAAACAAAACAAGUUUCCAAUUAAUUCCACAUUUUCGUCGAAUUGCUUCAAAAUUUUCGGAACUCAUGUGUCAAAAAUUUCUUAAAAAGGGACAAAUUUACAAAAUUACUUGCUACCAGAAAUCGUGCCAAUUUCAAUAUAAAAAAGUUUUUCUGAAUUUUUUAUCAAUAUUUUGCAUGGUUUAUAAUUUGCAAAGUUUACAUAUGUAGAUUUUUUUACCAACUUAAACAAGCGUGAUAGGUGACAUGAAUUUGCAAACAAUUUACAUAUCACAUUUGGAAAAUUAUUUUUUUGCGAAAAUACAAAACGUUUUACCACAGAAAUAAAUAAAUUUGCUCGAAAUACUCGUCUUAAAGCCUGAAUUUACUCUCGGUUUGCUUACAAAGUUUACCAAGUUUGACGUGAAUUCGCCCAUUGUGCAGUGUGGUAAUACAUAGGUUAUUACCGCGUGGUGAUAAAUAACUAACCACAAUUUCUUCAAGUGUUUAAUAAUUAAUUUACGAAUUUAGUGUGCUAAACAACGCCGACUUAACUUCCAGGAAAAAAUGGCCCAGACGAAUUAAUCCUUCUCAGGGGCAGUUUAGCUUUUAUUAUUUUGUGGGUCAUAAAAAAGCACGGAUUUCUCAUCAAGAUCAAAAGGUGUUCCUCAGACGGAUGCAGACAUGCAAAUCCAACUGGUGUAAACAACCCUGAAAACGAGAGGAAAAAGAACAAAGCAAAAAACAUGUAAACACUCGUCACAAACCAGAUUGCACAAAAUUCCCAGAAGAAAAAAUCCUCUCUCGUUUCAUCAAGGUGAAAGUGCUCCAGUGAAAGUACAGAGUUCUUCGAGAUUGCAUAAACCUUACAAUUUUACCCGUUUAUCUUCCGUAGAAAAACCUUUGUAAAAAAAUACAUGACAAUUUUUUUCAUAUUUCGUAUUUCGUAAAUCUUGCAAUUUAUACAUACCCAAUUGGCUAGAUGAGAUCUCAAACUUUACAAUUUUCCACUAAUCCUUUCCCUUCUAUCUUAUUUUGAAAUUUUUUAUAAAAAAAAAUUCCCAAAAGUAUUUAUCGUCGUGAAAUUUAUCCACUUUUCAAAAUUUCGUCCCCAUUAUAACCACUUUUCUCCACAUAGCCGCAUAAUUAAUUAAACUUUAUCUUUCUCUGUUAGACGUCCGAAUCUCAUUUAAAAUUUUUAAACUAACAAUAUUCCCAAAAAUAUCCAUCGACGUUAAACACCUCAAAAUUAUUCAAAUUUUCAAAAAUUUCAAAAAAUCACCAUGACAACCAACUUUCUCCUCCUUCUCGCCCUCUUAUUUCCCUCCAUCCUUUCCCUUUCCUCCCAGCACCACUGCGAAACUGAAGCCGACUGUGCCGGCAACUUUAUCACGUGUCUCGACAAUCGCUGCGUCUGCGACGAGGAUGAAGAACGUCGCCUCGAAUCAAUCGGAUUUUCCGCGUCUGCGCCCUCGUCGUCAUCUUCAUGUCGCGGCGUCGCCCUGGUCGGCGACCACUGCGACAACGUGACCCACAUCUGCACCGCGAACGCCACGUGCUCCCCCACCACGCGCGAGUGCACGUGCAACCCUGGCUUCGAAACUUACAUCCACGCGAAAGAAUGUAAACGAGUGUAUGGUUCGAAAUGCGAUGCGAAAUGGGAGCUAUGUAACCCGGAAAAGUUUCUGACAUGUGACACACCGGAAGUGGGCGAGAAGGGAAAAUGUGCCUGCAGUCAUGCCGACCUUGCCUGGGAUUCCGUGCAGGACGCAUGCGUACCCCCGAUUGGCGGACAGUGCGAUUUAAAGGUUUGGAUGGGAAUAAAACUUGGUUGUGGGGCGGGAGCGGAAUGCAUUUAUAAUAUUGGUGACGGACAUUUCGGGAUGUGCGAGUGCCUACCCGGGUAUUAUUCGGAGGUAGCAGGAGAGGAAGAAGAUGCACAUCAAUGUUAUCCUAUUUUCGGGCGGGUAUGCAAAGAAGACGAAAUUUGCGGGGGUGGCGACUAUACCUGCCACGUGGAAUCGGGCACGUGUCAAUGCAAGGAAGGCCACGUUUAUCAAAAUGAAAGUACCACUUCCGGUUGUCGAAUCGCGGUAGGUCAACCGUGUCAAGGUAACAAUAAUUCAUGCGUCUCUAACGCUGCCUGCACUUCCGGAUCCUCCACGUGCGAAUGCCUCCCCGACUACGUCCCAACUUCCGGUGGGACUUGCCUACUCGGUUUUGGGGGGAGAAAUUGCUCCCUAAAGAAUCCUUGUCAUACCGAAUCCGGUCUGAUUUGUGCUCCUUUCUCCACCACGUGCUCCUGCCGGGACGGAUUUAUUUACGAUCUCGACACUGGAACUUGUCUAGGCACGCAUGGAACCGACUGUGUCGUGCCUUUCACUUCCGUCGACAUUCCUUCCGCGCUCACGUUACCAUGCGUUCCCCACGCGACGUGCCACGUGCUCCACCACGUGUGCCUGUGUGAACACAAAUUCGCCAUUUCGCGGGAUUCUGGCCUCUGCCACCACACAGUCGGGACACCCUGUCAAACCGGAAGUGGGGAUGAAUGCUUACCCGACCUCGGGAUGACGUGUACAGAAAAUUCGACUUGUUCCUGUUACCCGGGAGCGGGCACUAUUUAUGAUGAAUCACAGGGCGCCUGCCUUCUAAAAGUUGGGCAACCCUGUAACCUCUCGGCGGGCAAGAAGUGCAUAAAACGGGCCUUUUGCGGGACCCGGGAUCUCUGCCAGUGUUACCAUGGUUACGCGGAAACCCCGCUGGGCGACUGUUUAGCAUCCCAUGGACUUUUUUGCAAUACCGGAAGUGAGGAAGAUGAUUACGAUGAUGAAGAAAUUUACAUAUCCUGCAAUAAUUAUGCAGGGUUGGAAUGCAUUGACAAAAAAUGUGCUUGCCCACGUGGUUCGUUUUGGGAGGAAAAUGCUCAAAAGUGUGACAAUUCUUCGAGGCCGGAUUUUAUCCGUUCGGAUGCCACGAUUUCGUCGCAUUUGAUGAGUCAUGACCUUGACGACCUGGACCUGAACGCUGGUGACGACGACCUUGUCACGACCCCAGCCUCGUAUUCACAUCCUUUUCAAAAUCAGGUGUAUUUCGCGGGUGGUGUGAUUAUUAUUCUGGUCAUCAUUUUAUUACUGGCAAGUCUACUGAUUUGGUAUCUUGUGAGGAAGUGCAGGAACAAAUCGGAUCAACAAAAAGAUCAGAAAGCUAUGCAAAAGUUGAAGACGUUUAAUGAAGAGAAAUUUGCAUAGAAAAAAAAUCUUAAACAUUUAGGGGGCAUGGGUUAAUUAUAAAAAUUUGUGAGAUUUUGUUGCGAAUUUAAUUCGCAAAUUUAUUUGUUUUUAAAAUUUAUUUAGACACUUGAGGUGAUAAGUUUUUUGUUACAAAUUUUUUUAUUUCGUAAUCGUUUACAAAAAUAUAAUCUCAUAAAAUUCUUGAUUUCAUGAUAACUCACGGAAUCUCAAAAAUUCAAAAAAAACAUGAACACACUUGCAAAAAAACAAGAGGGAAAAAUCAUGGAAUACCAAUCCAAAAAAUUCUGCACAACUUUACCGCAAGAAAUCAUGCACUACACAUGCAAAUAAAUUCCAUGCAAAAAUUACUACCAUAUGCAAAACCUCUGCCCGUUCAACAACCCUUUAUUACAAGAAAUGAAUGGAUCUCAAAACGUUCGCGAUUCCAUUCUUACCGUUUUUUGUGUACCAUUAAUUACUAUAUUUCCCAUAACGUGCCGCAUGCUAAAAACACAAUUCAGAAUUGCUUGUGCCAAUAAA